AUGGCUCCGCAGAACUCCAUCAUGCCUCGAGAGGCUUACAUCCCGAAAGCCACCCCUAUAGGCGGAGAUACUAUGUCGGUUAUCGUCUCGCUUGCCUCCGUCUCGGUCUUAUCAAUCUUUCUCUUCCAGAGAAUCACUGCAGUUAGAUCGUGGGCAAGGUUACCAUUUGUUGCCUGGCUCGUUCUGAUCAUCUACUUCGACUCAUACGGGUUCGUCUUUACAUCGGCAAUUCUCACACAAGUUUUUGGCCUGAAUACUAGCUUCAACAUCUGCCAUGGAGCAAUUAUUCUAUGCCUGGUUUGCUAUGUAACAACCAAGAUUCUCAUCUACGUCUUCCUCGUUGAGAAAGCGCACGUUAUCCGAAGCUCUACUACGCGAAGACGAAAUUCGGGACUCUACUUGUUCAACAUAAUCACUCUCCUGGUCGGCUAUGGUGUUGUUGUGGUAAUGAACUUUAUCUAUCGUAUUGCCAGAAUCGUCAACGGAGAGUGCUUCAUCGGAAUGGAAAAGAUCUCAAUGAUUCCUCUCAUCGCUUUCGAUGCUAUCGUCAACGUCUACUUGACUAUCCUCUUCCUCAUUCCCCUCAAGAACCUUUAUUCUUUCAAGAAUCUGCCAAAGACCGGUGCCAACACUCGCCUCCGUAACGUCGCCAUGCGUACUUUCGUCGGUGCUUGCUGCACCCUAACAAGCAGUAUUGUUAAUUUAACGGUGCUGAUGGUUCUCAACGGUGAGCCCGGAUGGGUGUGUCUCAUGUGCUGUAACAGCGAUGUGCUCUUCUCAGCUAUUGUCGUUCAAUGGGUCACCUCCCGUGACAAUGCUGGAUCUUCCAGUCAGGUCAACUCGGCCGCUUUGGACAACAGCUACAUUGGCAGACAAUCAUCGGCCGCUCACCAAAUGAGCAACAUCCGAGCCUCCAAGGCUCCCAACAACAGUCAUGACAUGGACGAUGAGACCAACCUCGUGUCACCAGGUGCCGUCGCCUUCUCAAGCGAUGCUGGCUCAGAAGUCACUAAGGUCAGCAGUGGUGUUGUCGUUACCACGACCAUCCACCGCCAGAUCAAGCCUACACCCGGCCGUGAAGGAAGUCUUCUCGAUGAUGAUAUCGAGACCAUUGGCGAUUCUGAGCGUGAUUUCCCACUACGCCCAGCGGUUUAUUCUCCAGGCAAAAUGGAUGCCUCUGAGCCGACACAGACCCAUAUUCAAGGUGGCAGAGUACAACACCACCAACGAACAAAAACACUUUCCUUUUCACGACCACUGAACUAA